AUCAUUUUGAAAAAGAGAUUUGUGGUUCAAUCCAAUUCAGUUCUUUGGAUAAUCCAAUCCAUAUAUGGAUAAUCGAAUUGAUCGAACCUAAAUAAAACUGAAAGCUUUCGAAAAAAAAAAACUGAACCGAUCGAGUUUAUAUCGGUAUAACCGAACUUGUUUUAUAAAGUGGAUCGAAAAUGGAUGGAUCCGGAUUUUUAAAAAAAUCCAAAUUUUGCACAGCCCUUGCCCUAAACUGUGGAAUGGAAAAAGGGUGACAGUGAUACUGUGUCAUCACACACACAUGAUGAACGAGUUUAGGUAUUCAUGCAAGAGCGCUCACCAAACUCUUCAAUGGAUCAACGAAAUUAUACACUUCCUCACGCCUUACUCUUCCUUAAUCAAUGCUCACGUCGUUAAUUUCUUCAAGGAUAGGCUAUGGGAGAAUGUUGACGCCGAAUGGAUCGAAUGCCUGCGCCGAGAAUCUGUUCAAAAUCUUCUUCUCAUACCUUCUGGUGCAGUACAGGAUCAAUGGCCAACUUCUUUGAAGGAGUUCAUCCUAAAAAUAAGGUCUAUGGUAUUUUGUCAAGAACAAGCAGAUAUAAACAUGGCAUUACCUGGCCUGCAGACAAUUUCACUUAACACUGUUCUUGCCCAGGGCAUGAAUGUAAAGAAAAAACAUGAAGUUGAAAUUCUUUCUGCUGUUACAAAUACAGUUGCAAACAGUAUCAGAGCUGAUGCCAUUCUUGAUGUUGGUGCUGGUCAGGGUUAUCUUGCACAAGUACUUGCCUUUCAAUAUCAGCAUCCUGUAAUCGCUAUUGAUGCAUGUUCGCAUCAUGGGAGGGUUACUGAUGCACGGGCAGAACGAAUUAAAAAAUACUAUACAUCACAGAUGAUAAAAUCUGAAUCAGGCAUGCGGAGUUUGAAUGUGCCAAAGACAAUCACAUGUCGUGUAUUGUCCAUUGAUACAUUAAAAACCUUGGUUGAAACAUCUUUGAUUGGAGAUGAUGUUGAGCAAUCCAUGUUAAAGGUCGAAAAUCAAGAAGAUCAAGGGAAACUACAUUGGCUCAGUGAUGCAAACAAAAAGCCUUCAAUUGUUCUUGCUGGGCUUCAUGCCUGUGGUGACCUUUCGGUGACUAUGCUAAAGACUUUCGUAGAGUGUAAAGAUGUUAAAGCUGUUGUUAGUCUAGGUUGCUGUUACAAUUUAUUAUCUGAAGAAAUGAUUAAGGAUGGUGAAUCUCAAUUUGGAUUUCCGAUGAGUCACGCUGUAAGAUCCAUUGGUUUAUCACUUGGAAAAAGUGCACGUGAUCUUGCUUGCCAGAGUGCUGAGAGAUGGAGGAGUCUGGACAUGCAUGCUGGCAUUCACAACUUUGAGUUGCAUGCUUUUCGGGCUGCUUUUCAAAUGGUUCUUUCUAAAUAUUAUCCGGAAAUUGUGAUGAGUACUCCUUCAAUUGGGCGUAAAGGGAAGGCUCUUCGUCGGCGACAUCAGAGGAGAUCUGCGGAAUCCCAGCUGCAUCUUAAAGGAAGUACUUGCCACAUGAGACACAAUUUCCCUUCUGUAGUUCCUUCAGAGUCAGAAACUGACGGGAUUUUGGGCUCCAUGUCUGAGAUACAGACCUUACCUGGUGAAAUUCCUUCUAAUGAAAGGGCUGGAUGUGAAGUGAUUAAAUCUGAUGACAAACUUUCACAUUUUGAGAAUUUCUGCCAGUCUGGAUUGUCUCAUCUUGGAAUUAAACAUUCACAGGAUAUAAACCUUCAAGGCAUAUGGAAGGAAGCAGAACCAUUUGCCGACCUUGUAGGACCUUAUUGGUCUCUCAGAGCUGCUUUAGGGCCUCUUUUGGAAACUCUUAUUAUACUUGAUAGGUUAUUGUUUCUUCAAGAGCAAGGCAGUGCUCUAGAAGCCUGCUUGUUACCGAUAUUUGAUCCAAAAAUAUCACCAAGAAAUGUGGCAAUAAUUGCAAAAAAGAUCGACAAAGAUUUAAGAUCCUCCUGUUGCUAAAAGGUAAGUAGUGGCUGCACGUGUCAUUUAUGUGUAUCCCUACCAUUUAAUACUGUUACCCAAUUACAGCUCUUUGAAUAUCCUUUCAUUUUAUUACUCUAUUACUGUCUUUCUGUAACUGGAUACAUCCCAAUCUUCUCUUUCCAAAAAACAAAGGUGUGAAGCUAGACAAUGCAGCUUCUGUCUUCAAGCAUGAAUGACUCAAUGUUGCUUGGUUGGAGUGGAGUUUCUUUAUGAGAUCCUUUUCUUGGUUGGAUGAUUUUUCUGUCACAUGUUGAUAUUGUUAAAUUUGUUAAACCAUGUAAAGUAACGGUAUUGCUUCUCCCUAUUCCACUGCUAGACUUUCUUGAGAGUUGAGUUGAUUGUCAAGAUUCCCUCAGUUGAAGAAAGUCAAUUUCACAUGGGACAAGGUCACAAUGAUCUACAAUUCAAUGCCUGUCUUUCAUGAGUUGUGUUGAUUCUCAAGAUCGGUGCAGGUGAAGGUCAAGAUCAUUUGGGACAAGGAGACAAUGCUGCUGACUGCUUUCCUCUGUUCUUGUUGGUGAAAGUUUGUUACUCAGGUUCCAACAUCAUGCUAAGUUACUUUGUUAUCAUAAUCAUAUGUAAUGUUCUGAGUAGCUAGCUGGGCAAUUCACUUAAAUGAUGCAAGCUUGUAAAAUUUUUGCACCUGUGUUAUUUGUAUUAAUUAUUAUUAGGCUUCCAGAAUAUUUGUAUAUUAUCAUUCUUUUCGGUGUCUUUCCUCUGUGAGCAUGCCGAUUUUGUCAUUUCUUGCUAAGCGUUGAGUAUUCUCAAUAUACAUUGCUAGAAGUAAUUUUCAGUAAGUUGAUACUUCGGUCCAAAA